UUGUUAGUUUGUUUUGUUCCUCACUUUCUCACCUCUCUCUCUCUUACUUUCUCUCUCUAAAACGCAACUCUUUCUCUUACUUUCUCUCUCUACUGCAAUUCUCAUUACCAAUACGGUUCUUGUCCUUCUAAGAUUUUGACUAUUUAGCACUAAUUCAUGGCUCCAGAAAUUAAGCCUAGAGAUGUUUGCAUUGUUGGCGUCGCUCGUACGCCUAUGGGUGGUUUUCUUGGUUCAUUGUCGUCUUUAUCCGCUACCAAGCUCGGAUCUAUAGCUAUUCAAGCUGCUCUGAAAAGGGCCAAUAUUGAUCCAUCACUUGUACAAGAAGUUAUCUUUGGUAAUGUUCUUAGUGCAAAUUUAGGACAGGCUCCUGCUAGACAAGCUGCACUAGGUGCUGGAAUUCCUAACUCCGUAAUCUGUACAACUGUUAAUAAAGUUUGUGCCUCCGGAAUGAAAGCUACUAUGCUUGCUGCCCAGUCUAUUCAAUUGGGCCUCAAUGAUGUUGUUGUUGCUGGAGGCAUGGAGAGCAUGUCCAAUGUUCCUAAGUAUUUGGGAGAAGCAAGGAAGGGAUCUCGACUUGGACACGAUUCACUAGUUGAUGGAAUGCUUAAAGACGGGCUGUGGGAUGUUUUUAAUGAUGUUGGUAUGGGGACUUGUGCUGAGAUAUGUGCAGAUAACCACUCAAUUACAAGAGAGGACCAGGAUAAUUAUGCUGUUCAAAGUUUUGAGCGGGGUAUUGCUGCACAAGACAGUGGUGCCUUUGCAUGGGAAAUUACUCCGGUUGAAGUUUCUGGAGGUAGGGGAAAGCCUUCUACAACUGUUGAUAAAGAUGAAGGCUUAGGAAAGUUUGACCCUGCAAAAUUGAGGAAGCUCCGACCAAGUUUCAAAGAUAAUGGAGGAACAGUGACUGCCGGCAAUGCCUCUAGCAUAAGUGACGGUGCUGCUGCUUUGGUUCUGGUGAGCGGAGAGACAGCAACUAAGCUUGGAUUACAAGUGAUUGCGAGAAUUUCAGGAUAUGCUGAUGCUGCUCAGGCACCGGAGCUAUUUACAACAGCUCCAGCCUUGGCAAUACCUAAAGCUCUAUCAAAUGCUGGCGUGGAUGCUUCCCAAGUUGAUUACUAUGAGAUAAAUGAAGCCUUCGCUGUUGUGUCUCUUGCCAAUCAAAAGCUACUUGGAAUUAAUCCAGAAAAGAUUAAUGUGCACGGUGGAGCUGUAUCUUUGGGACAUCCACUAGGUUGCAGUGGAGCUCGUAUAUUGGUCACACUUUUGGGGGUGUUGAGAGCGAAGAACGGGAAAUAUGGUGUUGGUGGAGUUUGCAAUGGUGGAGGGGGUGCAUCUGCUCUUGUUUUAGAGCUUCUAUAGGCCCUUUGUAUGUUUGGCUCAACAAGAUAAAAUCUCCAUGGAUGUCUAAGUUUUAUUGUUGUGAAAUUUUACUGUGCUUCUUUUUCAAUUUUUGUUGUUCUUUUUAGUUUGUUAUCCAAUAAAUUAGAAAUGUAGCUAUAUUUUUAAGAAAAUAUAUUAUCAUUCCUCCAUGAUGUUCAAUUUCUUCCCCUGUUUAAUGGACAGAAAGAUUGUUAGUGUUGUUUUUUAGUUCA